AUGAAGUCAAUUGUUACAGCCGUGGCCUUUCUGGCCCCCGUUAUCCUCGCCCAGUCGAGCUUUCCCGACGACGAGCCGAACACCACAACCCCGACCCCCAGCCUUCCGACAGCCCCUGCCUGUGCGUCGGUGACAGCCACCCGGGAGCUCUGCACGACCUGCGUUGUCCCAGCCUGUCUGGAAGUAUCUACUAUCACCCAGUCCUGUGGAUGCCCAACCCCCGUUCCGACGGUUCACCUUGACUUCCCCUGCGAAGCAGGGUGUGACGGGAUCUGGUGCUCGACCAGCUACGCUAUCGUCACCAUGGACGGUUGUGCCACUGAUGGUCCGAGUCCCACGACGGUGUCGGAGCCGAUCACGACUACCUUUACCCCCAACGGCACCGUGACCACCGGCGCGCCUACGAGCUCGAGCUCCAUUGCUACAAACGCGGCUGGGCGGAUGCGAGUGCCGUUCAUGUUAUGGUAG